UGUUUCUUCCCCAGUGCUGUUUGUGUAUCGAUUCGCCAUUUUGUAGCGAGCGGCCUUACAGCUUGUUGUUGUUGUUUUUUUUGCGAGAGUUUGGGAGCGACUUUUGAGUCAGAAAACAAAACAAAACAAACAAAAAAAAACAAUAUUUAUUUUUUUUUUUUUUCUUUAACUCCUGAAAAAUCUUUUCGUUAGUGCUGUUUUUAUUUUAUUUAAAUUUUUGGGGUAACGAUAUUUAUUGAGUCGUAGUAGAUAAACGGGGCUUUUUAUAAAAUUAAUUAUUUCAAACAGGGGGGAAAGAAACGGAGACCAAAAAUUUAAGGUGGUGUGUGUGUGUGUGUAGGGGGGUGUAUUGUUUAUUAUUUCUUAUUAAUUUAGUUUAUAAUUGUGUUUGUUGACUUCAAAAAAACGACAAUGAGAGGCGGCUGUUGGGACUCCAGGGAUCGCGGGCGAGACAGAGGCGGCUCUCGUUUCGGGUCCAGCCGCGGCGGGCCCUCUCCCCAGAAGUUUGGGAACCCGGGAGAGCGACUGCGUAAGAAAAAGUGGAACCUGGACGAGCUUCCCAAAUUCGAGAAGAACUUCUACAAAGAACACCCCGAGGUGGAGCGCAUGUCCCAGUAUGAGGUGGAGGAGUUUCGCAAGAAGAAGGAGAUCACUGUUCGGGGAUCCGGCUGUCCCAAACCAGUGCCUAAAUUCCAUCAGGCACACUUCCCUCAGUAUGUUAUGGAUGUGCUCGUGGAGCAGAGUUUCUCAGAGCCCACUGCCAUCCAGGCUCAGGGCUUCCCGCUGGCGCUGAGCGGCAGGGACAUGGUGGGCAUCGCACAGACUGGCUCGGGGAAGACACUGGCGUACCUCCUGCCGGCUAUAGUUCACAUCAACCACCAGCCAUACCUGGAGAGAGGGGACGGGCCCAUUGUAAGUGUCCUGAGCUGGGGGGAGGGGGUGGGUCUUA